ACAGCCAGAGACUGCCUGAGCUACAGCCAGUGACUUCCUGAGCUACAGCCAGUGCCCGUCUCUGAGUGGAGGCACAGGGCCAUGGCGAGUGCAGCUCCCAGUGGUAGAGAGGCACCAGGGGAGUUGACCUGCCCCAUCUGCCUGGACGCCUUCCGCUGCCCCUGCACGCUCAGCUGCAGCCACUCGUUCUGCCUCAAGUGCGUGGAGGACGCCUGGGAUGCUGCCGAGUCCUUCUCCUGCCCACAGUGCCGAGUGACCUUCCCUCGGAGGCCCCAGCUGAACAAGAGCGUGACGCUCACCAACCUCAUCGAGCAGCUGGGAGUGGCUGAGCCCAUGGCUGCCGAUGCUGCUGCUUCUGCUGUUUGCUGCGAUCAUUGCAGGAAGCCCGCAGUGAAGACUUGCCUCAAGUGUGAGACGUCGUUCUGUAUGGCCCACGUCGCGCCCCACCGGCAGUUGGCAAAGUUUCGUGACCACGUCCUGGUGUCGCCCGGUGUGAACCUGGAGAAUCGACGGUGCGUGGAGCACGGAGACGAGUACCGCUUCUACUGCGUUAACGACAGACGCCUCGUCUGCAGGGACUGCACCGUCACUGUGGAUCAUCGAGGGCACGAGCUCGUCACUCUGAAGGUGGAGCACGACAAACGAAAGGUGAGGAGGAGGUUCUCACGGUCACCGAGUAGUACCCACGAUACCGCAGCAUCAGCUGAUGAACUCUGUCAUUGGCUCUCAACAGCACAGCGAGUGGCUCAGACUCAUUUUAAAGUGGAUUUAAUAUUUUACAUGACCGUCAAUUUAUUUUUCAAACAAGUGUUUGAAGGGUAGAUUCAUAGUACAG